AUGGGAACUGUCAGUCCCACAAGAUUGUAUCUAGCUGAGCAUGGCCUUGGACCUGAUGGCCGCCCCGAUCCAAAUGCCACCGUCGAGAACAGCGACAAUUCGUUCCAGACAUUCUUCAGCGAGACCAACAGCGGCAAGCAUGUCCCAAGAUCCAUAUUCGUGGACCUGGACCCAUCUCCCAUAGACGAGCUCCGCACAGGACCAUACAAGGAGCUCUUCCAUCCAGAGCUACUCAUCAGUGGUAAGGAAGAUGCAUCGAACAACUAUGCGCGCGGCCACUAUACUGUUGGCAAAGAGAUGGUCGAGUCAGUGCUGGACAAGAUCCGUCGAGUUACAGACAAUACCUCAUCCCUACAGGGUUUCCUAGUCUUCCACUCUUUCGGCGGUGGUACAGGCUCCGGCUUCAGCUCUUUGCUGCUCGAGCAGCUCAGCGUUGACUAUGGCAAAAAGACGAAAUUAGAAUUCGCUGUCUACCCGGGACCAAAGAUGGCCUCGGCCGUUGUCGAGCCCUACAACACCGUGCUGUCCACCCAUUCGACCAUCGAGCAUUCCGACUGUACCUUCCUCGUCGACAAUGAGGCCAUCUACUCCAUUUGUCAGCGCAACCUUGACGUCCCUCGCCCGGAGUAUAGUCACCUCAAUCGCAUGAUAGCGCAGGUGGUUUCGUCCGUGACUUCUAGUCUGAGGUUCGACGGCGCUCUCAACGUCGAUCUUGCCGAGUUCCAAACCAACCUAGUCCCGUACCCACGCAUCCACUAUCCGUUGAUCAGCUACGCUCCCCUACUGUCCACCAAGCGGGCUGGACACGAGAGUUUCCAGACGCAGGAUCUGACUCUCCAAUGUGCCGAGCCAACCAACCAGAUGGUAGUAUGCGACCCGCGUAAGGGAAAAUACAUGGCUGUGGCGUUGCUGUAUCGAGGUGACGUUGUUCCUCGUGAUGCCUCGGCGGCAGCAGGUACUCUCAAAUCCAAGUCUACGUUCCAGCUAGUCGAAUGGUGUCCAACCGGAUUCAAGAUCGGCAUCAAUUACCAGCCUCCCAUGACGGUUCCGGGGUCUGAGCUGGCCAAGGUCGACCGCAGCGUUACUAUGCUGUCCAAUACUACGGCCAUUGCGGAGGCAUGGAGUCGCUUGGACUACAAGUUUGAUCUCAUGUACGCGAAACGAGCUUUCGUUCAUUGGUAUGUUGGAGAGGGCAUGGAAGAGGGCGAGUUCAGCGAGGCGAGAGAGGAUCUUGCGGCGUUGGAGAAGGACUACGAGGAGGUCGCUGCCGAUGCCCUCGACGAGGAUGAGGUCGAGGCUGAAUACUAG